AGUCGAACAAUUUUCAACAGAUUGGUCUACUUUCCGACCGCUUUGAUACUAAUCUUUUUCCUGUCACGCUUCAUGGCGCCAACAACCCCCACCCAUCCCAAGAUAGAUCCAGUCGAUUUCAAAGUGUGGUCAGAGGCAGCGACUCUGCCGCGAAUUUACUUCCCUCUGACCUGCCUCUGUGGCUACACAGCUUGGCUUGUCAAAUGGUCUUUCUUUUUGGAUCAGGAUCUUGAACUGACAAAUGGUUUUGAGCUUCAGAGUAUCAGAACUUCAUGUACUUCUUGGUUUUGCGGGAAGGAACAAAAGUGGAAGGAAACAAGAGCUGACCCAAAGGGCGUUGGGAUUGGUGCAGAAAGGCUGUUCUUUACCUGUGCAGAUCAAGAUUCGAGAGCUGUACAGGCAAAUCUACCCUGUCACCAAGGGUCAACCUAGUGCCCCACCCCCUCAUAAAGAAGUGAACAUGCCUGUCAUGCACAGACAUCAAGGAAUUGUUGGGUACCCUCCAGAGGGUCCAGGGAAUUUCUCAUUGCAAAAGGCUUUGCAUGCAACUGUUGGCCUUGACUACAGCAAUGCGAUGAGUGGCAUGAGGUCAAUGAUCACUCAAGCCCCGAUUCCUGUGAACCCAGACGUGAAGUUAAAGCGCCUGCCUUUUUAUGAUGUGCUAGGGGAUCUUAUGAAACCCUCAAGCCUUAUUCCAAAAACCAGCAGCAGAAUGCAGGAGACGAUAUUUGUGUUUCAUCUAACCCCACAACAAGCCCAGGACAUCACCAUGUCCAGGGAUUUCCGGCCUGGGGCCAAGUGUGAGUACACAGUGCAGGUUCAAGUGCGUUUCUGUCUGUUGGAGACGACAUGUGAACAGGCUGACACGUUCCCCUCACAGAUACAAGUCCGUGUGAACAAUAAGCCAGCAACGUUGCCGAAUGUAAUCCCAACAAAUAAGCCCAAUGUAGAGCCAAAGCGACCAGGGAGACCUGUAGAUAUCACGAGUCUUUGUCGAUUGUCCCCGACUGUGUCCAAUGCCAUCACUGUCUCUUGGGCCACUGACUUCACUCGGAGUUUCUGUAUGUCCAUAUACCUUGUGAAGAAACUGUCUUCAGACAUCUUGUUACAUAGACUGAAGCAGUUUGGUAAUCGCCAUUCAGACCACACUAAAGCAUUAAUCAAAGAAAAACUUUCUCAGGACCCAGACAGCGAAAUUGCUACAACAAGUUUGCGAGUCUCACUCAUGUGCCCGUUGGGAAAAAUGAGAAUGCAAAUUCCAUGUCGGGCAAGCACAUGCACGCAUCUGCAAUGUUUUGACGCCUCCACAUUUCUCAUGAUGAAUGAGCGGAAGCCAACUUGGAUGUGUCCAGUUUGUGACCGACAGUGUCCUUAUGACAAACUUAUCAUCGACGGAUAUUUUGUGGAGAUCUUUAGAGACUCUCCAUCCUGCACAGAUAUUAUAUUUCAUGAAGAUGGAAGCUGGUCGCCCAUGAAGCCCCAGAAGGAGUCUUCUCAACAAGUCAUUCUCACACCCAACUCCAAGGGGUCAUCAAUGGCGUCGAGUCUAUCGUCUUCAUCUUUGUCAAGAAGUAGUUCACCACUCACAGCGACAGUGACGACGACGACGAUGUCCUCACAGCUGAUGGGAGGGUCAGGGACUGUGUCGUCGUCAUCAAGUAAGCCUGCUUCGUCCAAAGGCCCCAUCAUUGAUCUAACCAUAGACAGCUCAGAUGAAGAUGACGAUGACGAUGCCGUCAUUUCAAGCGAUCCAGUCAAUUCACCCCCCGUCAUCACCCUGGACACCCCAUCACCCACCCCAGCUGCAGCUAUGCCCGCCUCCCCACCUGUUGUCCUGAGCAAUUCACAGUGCUCCUCGCCUUCGUCUGCCAGUGCUAGUCAUUCAUCCUGUGUGUCGACCACCCCAUAUCCUUCAACGAGCUCCCAGUCUCACAACUCGCCACAUCCUGUGCGGGACAGCCCUCCGCCACUAGCCCCGGUGGAGAGCAUCCUCAACGGUUCCCCCAGUAUCAGUACUCAUUCCCCCUCCAGCACAUUACAGUCGCAGGCUCUCAACCUUGAGGCUAUGUCUGAUGCAGAUUUCGAUGAGUUUCUGAAAGGUUUGUCUUGGGGAGUUUGAAGAAGUACAGUAUUAAGGACAAAGAAGACACAAAAUAUAUUAGAAAAAAAAAUCUCCAUUGAAAGACUAUUUUAGUCUGCACAAACUUGCUAAUAGCAUGCAUUCUCACAGACACAUUGGUGAUUUCUAAAACCAUAGAGUGUGAUAAAAUGGAGAAUAGGCAUGGGAAACUGACUAUAGGCAACUUACUGUGACUUUUUGAUUGAAGAGUGAUCUGAUUGCAUCUAGUGCCUUAGGUUGAACAAGUUGAAGAUUUUUCCGACAGCUCGUCGUCAACAUGGUGGGACAUCCUGUAGUCAGCUUCUAAUUUGCUCUUUCUUUAAUUUUUUGGAAAUGCAAAAUAGAUCCACAUUCUGUGAGGAUUUGAAGGUUUGAAAAAAGGUUUGGCAAAAUGUACAUGACAAAAUUCUAUUUAUAUGUGGUUACUGGUCAUCCCUAGGUUGUAUAUGGUCAUGAAAGCGAUAGUUAUGCAGUUUCUUUUAUACCCAUGGUUAUAGGUUUACAACUGAAAGAUGUUGUGGACAACUGAAGAUUUGGUUCUGUUUUGAAGAACAGGAAAGAUGGGCCAGCUGCUUUAUGAUAUGUGCUUCAUUUUUACUUAAUUAAUUCUCCUUUGUGUGAUCAAACCGAUGAGUCAGUUGGAAAACACCUUGAAACCAGAAAGUGUAAAUACAAGAGAAGACUGAUUUUUUAAUUUUAGUGUGGCUGUGAUGGUCCUGGAAAAAAAAGUUUUAGAAUUAUGGUCUCAGUAGACAUGCAUUCCUUGAUGAAGCCUGUCUUUUUGUCGCUCACUGAAAGCCAUUGUAGUUGUGUCCAUUGGUGUCUCCAAAAAUUUUCGAAUGCUGAUGGUAUAUUUCGCUGAAAGUGCAGUAUUUGCGGAUUGUGUCCCUCAAGUCCUUAUUUAGAAUGAAAUUGUCAUUUUUGUCGUGUUGAUGACUGGUAGGUGUUUUUCUUUGUACCUUUACCUUUCACUUGUCAUGGAAAAAUCUUGUAUAGAUUCUUUUUUGGGGUCUUAAUCAUUGUUGGCACUUUUGUGUAAUCAAAGGAUUACUUUUUUGUUGCAGGUGUCAGUUUCAUGUUGAUAAAACUUUAAAAAAA